CUCCUACCAAAAAUCACAGCCCCUAGGAGCCGGGGCUCUCAUUCACAGCUUUCUAGAGAAAUCUGAGCCCGAACCUGCCAGAAUAGGGGAUCUCACCCACUCAGCUCAGCACCGAGGACACCUGCAGAAACACAUUACCAAAGCAAGGCUGGGCGGCCGUGUGAAGUAAGCAAUGGCCUUGGUUUGGCUUCUCUUCUGGCUGGCCACCACCACAUAGAAUCUGAAUGUCCAAACAUUUUCCAGAAACAGAAAGAAGAGCCUCUGCUUGUCUGUUUCAGUGGCAGCUUGGUGGUAAAAAGACUGUUGAAUGGGCCACGAUUUCAGCAGACCGUCACGUGAAUGGGACCAGUCUCUCUUCUUCCCAAACAUCAGAAAUUAAGCACUUCAAAAGGAGAUUUGACCAAGAUGACCCAUUUACAGGCUGGACUCAGCCCAGAGACUAUAGAGAAAGCGCGCCUGGAACUGAACGAAAACCCAGACGUUUUACACCAGGAUAUCCAGCAAGUCAGAGACAUGAUCAUCACCAGGCCUGACAUCGGAUUCUUACGCACAGAUGAUGCCUUCAUUCUGAGGUUUCUCCGAGCCAGGAAGUUUCACCAAGCAGAUGCCUUCAGACUCCUGGCCCAGUACUUCCAGUACCGCCAGCUAAACCUGGACAUGUUCAAAAACUUCAAGGCUGAUGAUCCUGGCAUUAAGAGGGCUCUCAUCGAUGGGUUCCCUGGAGUGUUGGAAAACCGUGAUCACUACGGCAGGAAGAUUCUUCUGCUGUUCGCAGCCAAUUGGGAUCAGAGUAGGAACUCCUUCACAGACAUCCUCCGGGCCAUCCUGCUGUCACUGGAAGUCCUUAUUGAAGAUCCGGAGCUUCAGAUAAACGGUUUCAUUUUAAUUAUAGACUGGAGUAAUUUCUCCUUCAAACAAGCCUCCAAACUGACACCUUCAAUCCUCAAACUAGCCAUCGAAGGGCUGCAGGACAGCUUUCCUGCCCGCUUUGGAGGAGUCCAUUUUGUCAACCAGCCCUGGUACAUUCAUGCCCUGUACACGCUCAUCAAGCCAUUCCUUAAAGACAAGACCAGGAAACGGAUUUUCCUGCAUGGAAACAACUUAAACAGCCUCCACCAGCUAAUACACCCCGAAUUUUUGCCAUCUGAAUUUGGAGGCACCCUUCCUCCUUAUGACAUGGGAACAUGGGCCCGGACGUUGCUCGGUCCUGACUACAGCGAUGAAAAUGACUACACUCACACUUCCUAUAAUGCAAUGCAUGUGAAACACACAUCCUCCAAUCUGGAGAGAGAGUGCUCACCCAAGCCAAUGAAGAGAUCUCAGUCUGUGGUAGAAGCUGGGACCUUGAAACAUGAGGACAAGGGAGAGAAUGAGAACACCCAGCCACUCCUGGCUCUCGACUGAACCCCGAGCCACCCUGUGCUCCCGACGUCACCAACUAUCAGUGGUAUCAGCCACCAGGAAGCACAUGUGAAACUGACCACACGACUCAUGCGUUCGGCUCGACACAAGGGCCUCCUCUCCUGCCACCCAGUAAUGACUGUCACCAGCCAUUGGUCUGAGCAGCCAAAGUUGAACAGAGACUUGAGAGAUGCAUUUUUGUUUGUCAAUGAGGGAAUUGGAAGAUGAAGCAAAGUAGUCAUGGAAACAAGACUCCCCCCACCCCAUAUUUAUGGUAUUAAAUGAAUUGAAAAGAGAAAAACUAAAUUUGA